AUGGCUGAGAAGCGAAAACGAGUCGAUUUGCCUUUGGCUCAGAAGGUUGAACUCUUGAAGGCAUUGGAGUCUCCUGUGGUUUCCCAGGCUACUGUGGCAAAGAAAUUUGCUGUGUCAACAUCGCAGGUGUCUCGCCUUGUGAAAGGUAAAGUUGAAAUCCUGCAGCAGUUUGAAAACAACGGCAAUCCGAACCGAAAACGUCAGAGAGCAGGCAAGAAUGAGGAGGUUGGCAAUGCACUCUUCUUGUGGUUUAGACAGAAAUUAAGUCAGGGAGCUCGAAUCUCUGGCCCCAUGCUGAAGCAGAAGGCUGCAGAUUUGGCGGCGGCUGAAGGAACAGACUUCAUGCCCUCUGAUGGUUGGCUUUCUCGAUGGAAGGCUCGUCACAAUGUAGUGUUCAAGAAAGAGGAAGGUGAGCGCCAAGAUUCUGAUUGGUCGGCUGCCCUGGACUGGAAGCGUAAAAUUCUGCCUCAAAUUCUCGAUUCGUACAGCCCUAAUGACAUCUUCAACGCAGACGAGUCUGGUUUGUUUUUCCGGGACUUUCCUGAAAAAGGUCACUGCCUUAAAGGAGAGGAGCUAGCUGGCAGCAAGAAAGCCAAAGACAGAAUCACUGCACUGCUCUGUGCGAACAUGUCGGGCUCUGAAAGGCGGCCUCUGUUAAUCAUUGGCAACAGCAAACAACCAUGCUGCUUCCCGAAGGAUCUGAACCGACUUCCAGUGGAUUAUGCUAGCUCGAAAAAGGCAUGGAUGACUGGCCAGCUAUUUCAGCAGUGGUUGCAGAAGUGGGACAAGUCCCUUCGCACAAGGAAUCGCCAUAUAUGCCUCCUGGUUGACAACUGCUCGGCACAUCCCUCAGACAUCCGUUUAACAAACAUCAACCUCAAGUUUCUACCAUUCAACACAACCAGCGUGAUGCAACCGAUGGGCAUGGGGGUGAUCAAAAACUGGAAGGCGCACUACAAGAGCCGUCUCAACCGUCGCAUGAUCACCGCUCUUGAUGCGGAUCCUGAGAAGAAAGCCAAGGAUGUUUCCAAAAGCAUCACACUGCUAGACGUGCUCUACCUGGCAAAGGAAUCGUGGAAUGCAGUCAGCUCACAGACAAUCCUGAACUGCUUUCGCAAGGGUGGCUUCUGCAAGGACGAGGCAGCAGAUGUGUUUGAUGGGGAUGAGUCACUUGCAGAUGUUUCAGUUCCUGAAAACAUGACGCCUGAAGAAUUUGAGGAAUUCGUUGACAUGGACAAAGAUGUCAAAAUUGCUGCCGACCAUACCAAUGCUGAGAUUUUGGAGGCUGCAAGUGACAGCAAGCGUGUCAAAGUUGAAAUGGCAGAGGAAGAUUCUGAGUCUGACGACAACAGUGCACCACCACCUCUCACCUUAGCGCAGAAGUUGCAAAUGGCGACUCACCUUAGACAAUAUGUGCAGGAAAGUGGAAUGCAAGCUGCGCUACCCCUUCUGAGGAUGGUGGAAGACAAAGUUCAGUCCGAAGCAGCUCAGUCACGGAAACAGCGCACAAUUGACUCCUAUUUCAAAUAA